UAUUUUAGAAGAGCAUUAGUUUAUAUACUCAAACAAAAUAUGUAUGAAAAAGAUGUAAAGUCAAAUACAUCAUCUGACUUACAUCCAAGCAUACAUAAUAAAUCAAAAGAAUCAUCAUCUUGUUUGCGGCCGCCUUCUAUAAAAGUUCAGUCAUCUUAUAAAACUCAUAUUGCACCAGGAUAUUCGACAUUAGGUAUGUUUUUUUCUCUAUUUUCAUGUUCGCAAAUAUUCCAAAUAUAUUAGAUUGGGAGCAGUUGAAACGUUCAUCCAAUUUUCCCCGUAGGAUUACGGCACCUUAUUUAUCUAUUACACAAGCGGAACUUAAAAAACAUUGUCAUUUAAAUGAUGCUUGGAUAGUAUUAAAUGGUAAAGUUUAUGAUAUAACACCUUAUAUACCUUUUCACCCAGGAGGAAAUGAAAUUAUGAAAGGUGCAGGUAAAGAUGGGACAAAGUUAUUAAUGUCAAUUCAUCCUUGGGUAAAUUAUGAAUAUCUUCUUGAUGCAUGUUGGAUUGGUUUGUUCACAUAUAAAUGA